GGAAGCGCUGUGCGCGCCGCACGCGCCGGUGCCGCGGCGGGCGCAGGCCGCGGGCAUGGCGCUGCUGCGCGGCCCCGCGCCGGACGGGCAGCGCUCGGCCGUCUGCAGGCCGCUCUCGGCCGCAUCAGUACUCUGUCAAGUGGAACCUGUGGGAAGAUGGUUUGAAGCAUUUAUUAAGAGGAGAAACAUAAAUGUUUCUGCCUCUUUCCAGGAGCUAGAAGAUGAGAAGGAACUUUCUGAAGAAUCGGGGGAUGAAGAACUGCAGCUUGAGGAAUAUCCUAUGUUAAAAACCCUUGACCCAAAGGACUGGAAGAAUCAAGACCAUUAUGCAGUUCUUGGACUGGGAAAUAUACGAUACAGGGCUACUCAGAAACAAAUCAAAGCAGCUCAUAAAUCCAUGGUUUUGAAACAUCAUCCAGACAAACGAAAAGCUGCAGGAGAACAGAUAGGAGAAGGUGAUAAUGAUUAUUUUACUUGCAUAACUAAAGCUUAUGAAAUACUAUCUGAUCCUGUGAAACGACGAGCAUUUAACAGCAUAGAUCCAACUUUUGAUAACUCUGUACCUUCCAAAAGUGAAGCAAAAGAAAACUUCUUUGAAGUUUUCUCACCAGUUUUUGAAAGAAAUGCCAGGUGGUCAAAUAAGAAAAAUGUACCUAAACUUGGGGACAUGAAUUCCUCAUUUGAGGAGGUAGAUGCAUUCUAUUCCUUUUGGUAUAAUUUUGAUUCAUGGAGAGAGUUUUCCUAUUUAGAUGAAGAGGAAAAAGAAAAAGCAGAAUGUCGAGAUGAAAGGAGGUGGAUUGAAAAGCAGAACAGAGCUGCCAGAGCAUUGAGAAAAAAAGAAGAAAUGAACAGAAUUAGGACUCUUGUUGACAAUGCAUACAGCUGUGAUCCCAGGAUAAAGAAAUUUAAGGAGGAAGAAAAGGCAAAGAAGGAAGCAGAGAAGAAAGCAAAGGUAGAAGCAAAACGAAAAGAACAGGAGGCAAAAGAAAAACAAAGACAAGCAGAAUUAGAAGCAGCACGGUUAGCAAAAGAAAAGGAGGAAGAAGAAGUUAGGCAGCAAGCAUUAGUAGCAAAAAAGGAAAAAGAGAUACAGAAGAAAGCAAUCAAGAAAGAAAGGCAAAAACUCAGAACAACAUGCAAGAACUGGAAUUACUUUUCUGAUAAUGAGGCAGAUUGUGUUAAAAUGAUGGAGGAGGUGGAAAAGCUUUGUGAUCGUCUUGAGCUAGCAAGUCUGCAAUGCUUGAAUGAAGCACUUACAUCCACAACAAGGGAAGGAGGAAAGGCGGCUGUAGUAAAACAGAUUGAAGAAAUAAAUGAACAAAUAAGGCGAGAGAAAGAAGAGGCAGAAGCUCGUAUGCGCCAAGCCACGAAGAGUUCAGAAAAGUCAACCACUGGUGGUGCAGGGGGAAGCAAAAAUUGGCCAGAGGAUGAUUUACAGUUGUUGAUUAAAGCUGUGAACCUCUUUCCAGCAGGGACAAACUCAAGGUGGGAAGUUAUUGCCAAUUAUAUGAACUUGCACUCUACUACUGGAAUAAAACGGACAGCAAAAGAUGUCAUCAAUAAAGCAAAGAGUCUCCAAAAGCUUGACCCUCAUCAAAAAGAUGACAUAAACAAGAAAGCAUUUGACAAAUUUAAAAAAGAACAUGGUGUGGUGCCUCAGAUGGACAGUGCUGCCCCCUCAGAACGAUUUGAAGGAUCACCUCUAGAUUCAUCCCCUUGGACUACAGAAGAACAAAAACUUUUAGAACAAGCAUUGAAGACUUAUCCAGUAAAUACUCCUGAAAGAUGGGAGAAAAUAGCAGCAGCUGUUCCAGGCCGGUCAAAAAAAGACUGCAUGAAGCGAUACAAGGAACUCGUGGAAAUGGUCAAGGCAAAGAAAGCUGCUCAAGAACAAGUGAUGAAUGCUACUAAAGUCAAGAAAUGACUCUUACUGACAAUCCUUAUUUUAUAAUAAAAAUACAAAUACUGUA